UUUGGUUGGUUAGGGUUCAUCAGUUGGUUAAGCUUCUGUUGCUCAUCUCUCUCUCUUUCUCUCCAAAAUCCGAAACAGAGAUGAAUUCGGUUUUGAACAACAGCAGCUGCGUCCAUUGCAGUAUUCAAUCUUGCUUAACUUCAAGCUCCAAGCGUUACAAGAUUCGCAGUCACGGGAAAUGCAAAAUGCCUAAAAGAGCGCUCAACACAGUUUCCGUGACAUCAUCCAGCACUCGCCGGAGUGACAGUUUUGAAGUUAUGACGAUGAUAACUAGCGUGACAGCUGCAAAUUUGGCAGUGACGCAUGCAGCAUUUGCUGCAAGUAUUGAGAAUGUUAUGGAAGGAGCAGCAUCUUUCUAUACUUUGGCAGAUGGAGGUGUUGGAGAUUGGUUUGGAAGCUUCCUUUAUUCAGCCGGACAGCAGGCUAAUGUAGCUGUUCAGGACCAGCUGUCGGCUCUAAGUUUUACUAGCUUAGCAGUUAUAUUUGGUGCGGGGCUUGUAACUAGCCUUUCUCCUUGUACGCUGAGUGUUUUACCCCUGACCCUUGGUUAUAUUGGAGCAUUUGGCUCAGGGAAAAGCAGAGCAGAGGUCAUUGGGAACUCGGUUGCAUUUUCAUUGGGAUUGGCUACUACACUGGCAAUCCUGGGUAUAUCAGCCUCCUUUGCUGGAAAGGCAUAUGGACAGAUAGGGCAGGGCCUACCUGUGGCUGCUUCUGGUUUGGCUGUCAUAAUGGGUCUUAACCUCCUAGAGAUAAUUGAGAUACAGCUUCCUUCAUUUUUUGACAACUUUGAUCCUCGUGCUGCUGCUGCUAAUUUCCCUUCAAGCGUGCAAGCAUAUUUGGCUGGGCUUACAUUUGCAUUAGCUGCUUCACCUUGCAGCACUCCUGUGCUGGCAACCUUGCUUGGAUAUGUAGCUGCAUCCAAGGAUCCAGUAAUAGGAGGCAGCUUACUGUUGACAUAUACAACUGGCUAUAUUGCUCCUCUACUUCUUGCUGCUUCUUUUGCAGGAGCUUUGCAGAGCCUGCUUUCAUUCCGCAAGUUCUCAGCAUGGAUCAACCCAAUGAGCGGUGCUCUCCUUUUAGGUGGUGGCAUCUAUACUCUGUUGGACAGGCUUUUCCCGGUGACUAUGUCUAUGUCUAUGUAGAUACACACAAUGACAAUACACGAAGAACCAUAUGAACCCUUCAGUGUCUGCAAUCAUUACUUCGAAUCUGCUCUCGUUCAGCUACUUGAAAAGCGGGGAAAGUGUGAUAACGCCAAAACAAAAAGGGGAGGUAAAACAGAUACGCUGAAGAUAUUAGUGUCUGUAUUCUCAAUAUUACAGUGGUUCCUAAAAUUGAAAUGUAAAGAAAGCAGAGGUUUGUUAUUUUUUUAUUAUGUCAAUGUGUAAGAGAAGUUGAUGAAGAAGUUUAACCUUUUUUCCUGGAAGUAUGGAUUUGCACAC